GCCGGUGCCGGGGCGAUGGCGGGGCCGGGGCCGGUGCUGGCGGCGGCCGCGGGGCUGUGGGCGCGGGGGGCGGCGGGCGCCGAGGUGGCGGCGGCGCGUCCCGGAGCGCUGGACGAGGAGAUCGUGUCCGAGAAGGCGGCGGAGGAGAGUCACCGUCAGGACAGCGCCAACCUGCUCGUUUUCAUCCUGCUGCUCACCCUCACCAUCCUCACCAUCUGGCUCUUCAAGCACCGCCGCGCUCGCUUCCUCCACGAGACAGGGCUGGCCAUGAUCUACGGUGUCCUGGUCGGCGUGGUCCUGCGCUACGGCAUCCACGUCCCCAGCGACGUCAGCAACGUCACCCUGAGCUGCCAGGUGCAGACCAGCCCGGCCACGCUGCUGGUGAACGUCAGCGGGAAGUUCUACGAGUACACCCUGAAGGGGGAAAUCAGUGCCCAGGAGCUCAACAAUGUCCAGGAUAAUGAGAUGCUGAGAAAGGUGACUUUUGACCCUGAAGUAUUCUUCAACAUUCUGCUUCCUCCCAUUAUAUUUUAUGCAGGCUACAGCUUGAAAAGGAGGCACUUCUUCCGAAACUUGGGAUCCAUCCUGGCAUAUGCUUUCCUCGGCACUGCCAUUUCCUGCCUGGUGAUUGGCUCUGUUGUGUAUGGCUGCGUGGCGCUGAUGAAAGUCACUGGGCAGCUCGGGGGAGAUUUCUACUUCACUGACUGCCUCCUGUUCGGGGCCAUCGUGUCAGCCACCGACCCAGUGACUGUCCUUGCCAUAUUCCAUGAACUCCAGGUCGAUGUCGAGCUGUAUGCCCUUCUCUUUGGCGAAAGCGUCCUCAACGAUGCCGUUGCCAUAGUGCUGUCUUCCUCAAUAGUUGCCUAUCAGCCAGCAGGUGACAACAGCCACACGUUUGAUGUGACAGCAAUGUUCAAGUCCAUCGGAAUCUUCCUGGGGAUAUUCAGUGGAUCUUUUGCAAUGGGAGCAGCUACUGGAGUUGUGACAGCUUUAGUCACCAAGUUCACCAAACUUCGGGAGUUCCCGUUGCUGGAGACCGGCUUGUUCUUCUUGAUGUCCUGGAGCACAUUCCUGCUGGCUGAAGCAUGUGGCUUUACAGGUGUGGUGGCUGUGCUCUUCUGUGGGAUCACACAGGCCCAUUAUACCUAUAACAACUUAUCUACAGAGUCCCAACACAGAACUAAGCAGUUGUUUGAGCUUCUGAAUUUCUUGGCAGAAAACUUCAUCUUCUCCUACAUGGGACUUGCACUGUUCACCUUCCAGAACCAUGUCUUUAACCCUACCUUUGUGGUGGGGGCCUUUCUUGCCAUCUUCCUAGGAAGAGCUGCCAAUAUUUACCCAUUGUCAUUUUUACUGAAUUUGGGGAGAAGAAAUAAGAUUGGAACGAAUUUGCAGCACAUGAUGAUGUUUGCUGGGCUGCGCGGAGCCAUGGCCUUCGCCCUGGCCAUCCGUGACACGGCCACGUAUGCCCGGCAGAUGAUGUUCAGCACCACCCUGCUCAUCGUCUUCUUCACGGUGUGGGUGUUCGGCGGGGGCACCACGGCCAUGCUGUCCUGCCUCAACAUCCGGGUCGGUGUGGAUGCGGAUCAGGAGAACGUGGGUGUUCCAGAGAGCGAGAGGAGGAGCACGAAGGCUGAAAGUGCUUGGCUUUUCCGCAUGUGGUACAACUUUGACCACAACUAUCUAAAGCCUCUCCUGACACACAGUGGUCCCCCACUGACCACCACACUCCCAGGGUGCUGUGGACCUGUUGCCCGGUGCCUGACGAGCCCACAGGCAUACGAGAAUCAAGAGCAGCUGAAGGACGAUGACUCUGACCUCAUUCUGAACGACGGGGACAUCAGCCUGACGUACGGGGACUCCACGGUGAACACCGACUCGGUGGCGUCCAGCGGCACGUCCCGGCGGUUCGUGGGGAACGGCUCGGAGGAUGCCCUGGACCGGGAGCUGGCUUUUGGGGACCAUGAACUCGUGAUCCGGGGAACGCGCCUGGUCCUGCCCAUGGAUGAUUCGGAGCCCCCAUCAAAUGUCCUGGAUAACGCAAGACAUGGUCCAGCAUAAGGUCACUCGGUUUAAUUGACAGUAAUAUUUGCAUAUAUGAUCAAGAAGUAUGUACUACCUAAAGUCGAAUGCAUGUCUCAAAAUGUCUAAGCUGUAUAAAUAUUAUUUAUAUGGUGUCAAAAGAAUAUAAAUAUUCUCUGCCAAGCACUUGUAAAGAACAAGCUGCAAAUUUAAGUUAAAAAUCUGUGUUGAAUGCACUAUGUAGGGUGGAACUGUUUUAGCGUAAGAGUCUUUUGCACACAGUGAGCUUUGUUAAUGUGUGAUUUGAUGAAGGGUUUAAUUCCCAGCGGGUGAGUAAAGGAGCUGUGACUCCCUGUUCAUCCUUUGAAACUGGGAGAGGAGGGUAGGGAGUUGCUGGUGAGCAGUGGAAAUUGCUUUCUAGUCCGAUGAGGAUUGUUGAGUUUCUUUCGGUCUCUGAUCUUUGGAUAGUCACAUUUGAAAUAUCAGCAGAAAACCUGCCCACAGACCCUCUCACCAGGCAGUGGAUGGUGAUAAAUUUGUUUCAUUGUGGGAACUUGGAGACUUUCUGCUUUUUAGUGACCCUCUGCCCAAGCCUUGCUUUAGUGGGCUCAUGGCAGACCCCAGCCAGGGCUGCGGGUAGCUGGCUGCUUGAAUGGGGGCAGGAGGGAGGGAUGGUUGGUGUCUGUAGUUGUGUUCAGGAGAAGGAGGCGAUCCCACAGAAACUACACCAGGCAUGCACAGAUUUUAGGUCUGAGUCCAUCUUUCAGCUGUGGCUCAAGCAGCUUUCUAGAACCGGUCAUCAAAUUCUCUUUUGGCAACUAAAUUUCACGUUUGGGAGGCGGCCCUGUCCUUGUGCGGGCCAAUCCCUCUCCUGCAGUCACAGAUGUAGCCAAGGUGUGCAGAGCUGCUGCAGCUGCACACGGGGCUGUGGAGCUCAGCCAGCCUCAAACUCGAGCUUUAGGGCUGCAGAUCCACACGGUACCUCCGGAGCUCUCCAGAGGCAUCCAGCUGGUACUGAAGGGGAGCCGUCCGUCCGUACUCCCACAGAGUCAGAAACCAUUGCACUUUGUUUGGUCACUCCUUAGCAUGCUGUGUGUCUGCAGUCGCCACCCGACCUUUCUUGUGUCUCUUAUCAUUUAAUGAGAAAUGUUUGCGAGUUGAUUUUUGGUUUUAAUUUACAUUUUUGUUUUUCAAGGAAGAGCACAGAACAAUUUGCGAUUUUACACUAGUGUUAAAGGAUUUAUUCUGUAGUUAUGGGAAUGGCUAAAGGUGCAGUGAAACUGUUAACCCUGACUUUUUUUUUCUCCUGGAAAGGGGGAAUCAAGGAAAUUUACUGUAUGUAAUUUUAUUGUCUAUUUUAUCUACAGUUUUGCUAUAUGAACCUUUCAGGGUUACUGGUGCACUACAGGUCCAUUCUGGAGUUAACCCUCUCUCCAGAGGGCUUAAACAGAGGUAUUUAAAAUGAAAGUACAUGAAAGAGAGCCAGGUGAGUCCAAGCACUCACAGCUCCCAUUAGCUGUCUUUGGAACAAACUCUGCAUCUCUCAGGAUCUGACCCUGAGACCCCAGAGCAGUGUCCCCACAGCUGUUUUCCCCAGCACCACUUGAGAGUUGGAGGAGACAGAAAAUCCUGAAGUUUCAAGUGUAUAUGUAUAGCUGAGAAAAUAAAUCUACACUUCUUUUUUUUUUUUUUUUUUUUUUUCAUUUUCUCAGGUCUAAGUAACAUUGCCUUAAAUUUAUGGAUGUGCAACAAUAAUUAUUUUGGCAGUUUAUCCCCAAGAAAAUGCUUUCUUUUUCCUUCUGAACAAAAUGUGUAAGUGUUGCCAUAGCACUUCCCUAUAAGGGGGGUAAUGCUCUGUUUAUAUUUGGGUAUAUUUGGGGCAUCUUCCUUGUACCUGUAAAUGGCAUCCCGCUGUUAACAAAGUUGGAUUAGCACUGGCCUUUGUUUCCUACUAUGCAGGAAUUCCAUAAAGUGAGUGUGCAUUUUAUAUGAUGUCUGUAACUUAACUUCAUGUGUUUAAAAAAACAAAAAAAAAGUAGGAAAAAAAAAGAGUAAGAACCUGUUGAUUUUAGGUUUACUGCAUCACUUCUACAUCCUGUUUUUUGUUCGUUCUGCCUUUUUGAUGAGGUAUGAUAAAUAGCUACCUCUUGUUUUUUCCUGUGUAGCCUGACUAUGAAUUCAAUUUACAGAGUUGGUGCAGCUGGAUGAGCAGGACAGUUCUGCUGCCCCAGGGCUCCCUCCCAGGCAUUCUCAGCUGAGGUGCAAAUCUGCUUCGAGGUGGCCACCAGCUGAUGUUUUCCCAUGGUUGUGGUCGCAAUCCUCCCUUCCUCUGGCCCUUUGACUUCGGUAAUUUGUCCACUCACUGUAAACUUGCCAACACAUUAUCCAUAAGCCCCAAGUUUUACACCAAUAACAGUUCAGUUAGUACACAAAAGAAAAGAAAAAAAGUUAACCAGUGAUGAUUUUAUGGGUUACUUUAUGAUCCAUAUAUAAUAUAACCAGGACUGUUUCGAAUAGCCUCAGUCAAUGAAUGAAUCUAAGCUUAAAUUCAUUAUUGGAUUAUGCCCUUUUCUGACCCAGAGAUGGGGCAACUUCUAUUCCAUUUUCAGUCUCAUGUGAAGGGCGAGACAAUACAGGGUGUUAUAAUUCAUGCCAUUACAAUUAUGAGCAAACUAUUUCCUAAUUACAAUGCAUUUUAAGUGUUUCUUGGCCUAUCAGCUUUUACCACACAAUUCUGUAAAUGUCUUAAAGCCAAUCAUUUAAAAUUACCCCUCAUGGAUCCUACUGCAACGCGCUUUUCAUAGUUCUGUUUCUCCAGAGUAUCUAGUCUUAUUUGCAAGGCCAUCCUUUGAAACUUGUUUCCAGUUCCAUUUCUCUCUCAACAGUGUCUGUUGGACAGCGUCUGUCCUAUUCCAUGGCAUUUCUAAGUCAGCAUUUCUUAUCUCAGAGUUUGCAUACAGAUGCAUGCUAUGUGAGCCUUCUGUCAGGCUUUGAGAAUUCCCUACAAAUCCAUUUCCCACAUUUCCCCCUCUCCCUUGAACAGAAAAGACUUCUUUGAUGGCCUUGUUUGUCUGCCAUGCACAGCAAAGUGCACAAGGCACUGCCACUAACAUUGUCACUGUAACAAUCAGUGCAUAUAAACUUAUUUUGCAGAGCUCCUUUAGCUAAGGUGCAAAACUCUUAUCUUUUAGACAAGUUAUCUAACUAUGAUCCAUUGUCUGCUUUAAUUUGAUUUGUCAAAUCUCUUCAUUUUUGAAGUUGUUUGUGGAUGGACUUUGAAUGGUCAGACAAAUUCCUACAACAUAAUCUUUCAAAUUCUCCACAACUAUGCCCACAUGCCAGUAAAAGAAAAUCUGUGGUGGCUCUGUGCUUUGUAAGGUUGCAUGUCUGACAGCACUAACAUCUGUCAUCUUGUCACUGAUUGCAAUGGAAGUAGCAUUGACUUGUUUACUCAGGCAACACUCCAGUCGGUCUAAUGGUUUCAAUGCUAUGCUUGAGGCAAGUUGAGGCAGAAGUAAACCUGAUGUAACUAGUUUUGCAGGGCCCCAGGGUCUGAAAUUGCUAUUACAGUUUUCAGUCACAAUGAUGGGCAAGUCUUUUUCCUUUAUGUUUUCUCUUGGUGGCUUUUUUAACACCAGGUGCUGUCACAAUGAGCUGUCCAAUGCUACAUGGGCCACCUUUAAUUUUUGAGGGAAUGCCCUGCCAGGCUCUAUCUCUACAAAUGAGGCAAUAUCCUUUUGGCAAUUGCCGUGGGAACUCAUCCAGAUCAGCAAUUUCACCCUUAGGGGGCACGGGAGUAGUACAAUUACACCACAAACUUGAGUUUCUGUACACAGGAUGAUGAUGGGGAGUAACAUUUACUUGUGGAUCUCCCUGGUUGUAAUGGUUUUAAUUUAAUAAAACCAGGCAGAAACACCAAUUAAUGUAGGGGUUCUAGUAUUAAUUUUCUUUUUUGUGGGAGGGAGAGAUAGGAGAAAAAAAACCAAAGCAGGCUUAACCUUAAAAAUGAACAAAAAUAGUGUUAUUAACAUAUAUUAAAAGAAUGAGAGAAAAAAAAAGUUGAGAAAAAGAAAACUUAAACAGAAUGAUACUUUAAAAACACGCUUCUUUCCUCUUACAAACUAUAAACUUUCUUAUUGAACAACAUAGAAAGACACAACUUAGGAUUUUCAGUUUCACUAUUUAGACGUAACUAGUCAUUACUUUAGGAGAAGAGUCUUUCUAAGAUCUUUUUAUGAAGACAUUUGCCACAAGACAAAAUAGUCCAGUGCUCUCAAUGUCACACAUCUGCUGCCGCCCGAGUUUUUGCAGACUGUGAUGUUCUAUCAGCAAAGCUUCUCAGCGUAUCUGGGGUACUAUUUACAAAUACUUCUUCUAGUCUAAAAUCAUCUUUGUCUCAAAGGCUGAGACCUCCUUUUAACCCAGGAGCGGGGGCUUUAAAGUUCUCAAUUAAAUCUCAAUCACAUCAGUCCUCAAUUUUGAUUAGAAUAGCAUUCUACCCAACGACACUAAGAUGCUACAAAGAACAGUUCAUUUCUCCAUAAUUUACCUUAGACAAGUCCAGUUAAAAAUGUCCACUUCUUCAAUCCCAUUCCACUAUUAUUAGUUCUUUCACUUCUAAUCUAACUGACUUCAUGUAGUGUCUAUUUCUAUGUACUUUCUGGUUUUCUUUCUUCUUCUCAAGGAAGAAUUGUGCUUUAAAAGUUCCAUGUUGCUAGAAAAGGGUUAAAUCCAUUCAGGCUUGCAAAGGCCGUGUGAGGCUGCAUGAGCUGAAGAAAACACAAAGCUGUGCUGAUGGAGGAAGCUGGUAGAUUCCUUUUUCCAGCCCUUGAUCUCAUCCAAGGCGGCUCAGCUCAGAGUUGUUAUGGAGCUGCAGGCUUGCUUUCUCUGCUGCCAGUGGUGAUUAAGCCGGGCCAUGGCCUGGCCCCCUCUGCCGCGGUCUGAGCACAUGGACGGCACUGCCGAGCUGCAGCCGAUCUCCUCCCUGCCGGCGGCAGGGGAAAGGGGCUCAGCCGG